AAUUAGUUGUCCACAGUUCUGUUUGCUGUGCACAAGCAUUAUCCAACUGGCCUUAACCAGAUGCUAAUGUAACGUAUCAGAUCUAUUCCAUUUAUCUCAUUCAAUUGCUUUUUUAGUUUUGAAUUAGUUUUUGUUACAAUAUAGCGUAUGGUUAUAUUGUUUAAAAAUUUGCAUAGUGGAUUAAUCCAUCUAAAUUUUUUUAAAUGGCAUUUAACUGAAUCCUAAUUUUUAACUUUUUCUUUUACUGAAGGAGAUAUAAAAUUUGAGGAAAUCUGCAAUAGUUCAGAAAUGGCAUCUUUAGAUAACUCUGAGCCAGGGGUAUGUAUUUUGUUUAUUAUUUAUGAAUCAAUAAUAUUAAAUUAACCCUUAUGUUAUUAAAACUCGCUUUAGUUAGAUUAGUAACAAAGGAAUGUUAGGAUGAAGUCUUUUCUUUCCAAUCAGAAUAAUGAUAGAUAGAAAUACAAAUACUAUGUUUCUGAUAUUAUAUUUUAUAGACUUUUCUCCAUCAACAUACGUUAUAUAAUAUUUAUAACGUCUACAUAAAAGAAAAUAUAAUUAAACUAUGUCAACUGAAUUUUUCUUUUAUCUGUAGGACAUAUCAAAGUCUCCGAAAAUCCCAGACAGUAAAGAAAUGGCAUCUUCAAACGGCAAUAAGCCAAAGGUAUGUCUUUAAGUACGUACUUAUAAAUAAAUAUACUUUUUGCUAAGUUUUUGCAACCCUCUAACAUAUUCAUUUUCUCUUCCCCUUCUAAGCAAGAUAACUAAGCAAGGAAAACGAUAAAAAAAAUAACAGAUAUACUCACAUUCUAGUACAUAAAAAAACUCGUUUAUGGAAGGUAAUUACUCAUCUUAAAAUGAAGACUUUCAUUACAAAGCUUGGCUCUACCAAAAUAACUUUCAGUUUACUAAGGUGACACCAAUAAAGCCUAACAUAAACCAAAAGAUAUCGUCCUUAAGGCUACAAGCCUUGCAUCCCAUUCUGAAAUUUUCCUAAAAUAAUUCAAUGCCCAGACCGUGCUCGUGAAGUAGUUUGGUAGUUCGUUAAUAUGACUGCUACUACUUUUUGACGGCAAAAGAUCCAGGUUUUCGAGAGAAUGAACCAAUAAUGCCCUGUCCGCCACGCUAUGUCUGCCAUACCCUCUCCACGACGCCUUGAAACAUUUUACCGACUGGUCUGCACAUUGAAAUCAAUGCAUUAAGAGGUUUAGGUUGGUUUUCAGCAGCACUGCCUCCCUCCCCAUUAUAAAUCAGUUAAUUUGAAAUGUCAGGUGGAUUGGUUUGGGCUGCAUUGAUGCAUAUUAUCUAUACCUGGUCAAAAUAAUUUUAACUACAGCCCAAAGCCCUAUGAAAUAGGAGGAAAAAAGGAGAGGGUGGGGCUAAAUUGUAUUACGUAUAUAGAAUAACCGUUUACUUUAAACCCUUUAUCCCUACCUGCGUUGAUUAAGAUAUAAUUAAGGAAUUCACAUUAAAAAAGGUAGCUCCGAACCCUGGCACGGAUAUAAAUAUAGUAUACGAUACAGCAAGCACAUUUAUAGGACUAAAAAUUACCAUGGAUUUUUUAUUUUUUAUUUCAACGGGCUUCUCGGGGUGAACUUAUCUCUGGGCAUAUUCAGUUCCCCCCCCCCCCCGGUGAACAAAAACAUAAUCUUUAAUAUUUUAUAGCAGUAUUUUAGAUUUGAAAACGAAAUAUUUUGUAACCGUGUCAGUUUGAAUGAGAAAAAUGCCUAGUAAAUUAUGAUAUGUUUAAUACGAUUUUGAAAUUGUAUAGCCUUUAACUUCAUGCAAAUUAUCUUAUUUAGUGUUAGAAUAGAUGCGACAAAAUAACUACAAAAAAUAAUAGCCGAUACAAAUACUAACUGUUAUGUAGGACAUGUUACGUCACAUUUCCCCCGUGCUGCCAAUAUAGCUGACACCGCGUUCUUAUUACGUGUGGCCUAUUUUCUUUCAUCUUAGCCCAGGGGUCUCAAACUCAAGACGAUAUUUUGCGGCCCGCUACAUGACAGCAAAGUUUAGUGAUAAUGCGGCCCGCGCGUUUUCCUCACCAAUACAUCUAUAAUAUGACCCUCCACUACUGUUUCAUUCGAAUCUCACCAACUACUCUAAUUCUGAUUUUUAUUACAUUUGUCUAGAUUUGGACGUUGAUUAAAAUGGUAAAAACCGUUUAAAAUCGGACUAAAAGUUUUUAUGUUAUAGCAUUUUAUGAAACAAACAAGUAUUGUUUUGAGAAAAGUUAAAAGUCAGUUAGAGGUUAAUGUACAACCAUAAUUGUUUAAUCGUAGCAAUAUGAUGCAGUAUCAAAGAUUCCCUAUUAUAAUACCCGCUAGUGUUUGCGAGUGAGGGAAAUUCCGAGCCUGUCAGAGGUCAGUUUGUUCACUUUCAAAGGAGGGUUAUUAAAAAAAAAAAAGCCUUUCUACGUUAAAAAAAAAUUAAACCUCAUUUUCCCUACAAUAGCAUCUUCGCAUCAAUAAUUCAUUAAUAGUACCUGCUCCUGCCUACUGCUUGAACAUGUUUUAGCAUUUAAAGCAUCAUGGAGAAAUAUGAUUUUCCUAUAGUAAGUGAUCCUAUAUAGCUCAUGGACUUGGCUUUUCUUGUAGACGUUACACAGGAGCUGAAUAAACUCAACUAGAAGUUAUAAGACCAGGGGCAGCUUGUCAGUGUUGCCUAUAACAAUUUAAGGGCAUUCUGCACAAAACUUGAGUUAUGGUUCCUAGAGAAACCUCUGCCAUUACCCGACAUGCAAAGUACUCAUGGACUCGUACACACCUUUCAGUACUAAGUAUAAUUAUGCCAUUGAAAAGCUACAGGAAGAAUUUGAUGACAUGUUUUUAGACUUCAAAACACACAUAGCCACUUUUCAACUUUUUGCUCACCCUGUCUCCUUUAAUGUGGAAGAUGCCCCCGCCACCGCUCUUUGCGUUUCACAUGGAGCUGUUUGAUCUUCAAUUUAAUUCUAAGUUCAGGAAGGUGAAUGGAAAAACAAACAAGCAUGGACAAUUUAUGAAAGCAUUGCCCUCUACAUUCCCUGAGAUUGUUCAAGUGGAUCAUGAGCCUUUUUGCGAUUACCUAUGUGUGUGUGAAAAGCUCUUAUCCACUAUGAACUUUAAAAAGUCAAAGUUCAGGGCCAAACUUACUGAUGAGCAUCUUCAAUCUAUACUGAGGGUCUCAGUUGCUUCCUCCUUCAAGCCAAAUGUUGCUCAGCUGUGUAAGAAGAAGCGCUUCCAUGUCUCUGGCAACGAGGAGUAGGAAGAAGAAAUUGAAGCCUAUUUCUUGAGAAUCCUUAAUGUUUUUAUUUGUUAUUAAUAAAGGUUUUAUCACUUGUACCUUAUUGAAUUUGUAAUCGUUCUUUUGUGGAAAACUUGAUGCGGCCCAGUCUCACUCAGACUCUAUCUUCUGCGGCCACCGGAUGAUUUGACUUUGAGACCCCUGUCUUAGCGUGUUUACUGCCGACACCAACUAAAAAUUACUAAUAUAUUAUAAUAGAAUUUUGGGGAAACUUCGAUAAUUGACUAGAAAAAUAAACAAUGUAGAAGACAUUUCUAGAAGCGUUGGUUCUACUGACGCAUAGAUCUAAAAGGGGAGACGGAGAUUGAGAUUGGAUUGAUAGAUAGAUAUUCUUAACUUUACGAGACAAUUGUAUUAUUCUUUGUGUACUUAUAUGGGUUAUUCGCAUUCGUCAUUGUACAUUAUUAAUUGGCACAUUGUACUAACUGUGUACCGGUACAAGAUCUACCAUACUCUGUAAGUUGAUAAUUUGUAAUUAUAUUUCUUUUGUUUUAUAUAUAUAUACUUAUUAAAAUCUUAUUAAUUGUAAUUAGCAACUGUUUUGAGUGUCGUAUUUUUUGCUAUUGUAUUUCUCUUUGAUAUCGUCCUUUGUUAGGCACUGUUUACAACGAGCCAAUAAUUUAAAAUAAGAGAUUAAUUUCUCACAAUAGAAGCCAAUGCGUAACACUAACAAAAAAUGUGUAAAAGUGAAAAAAUUUGUAAAAUAAUCACAAAUAUUUUUGUUUCAAAUAUUAAUUUUAAAUCUUUUGCUAAAUUCACAUUUAGCUUAAUGCGCUUUUGGCAUUUAAAAUGAAUUGUUAUUAGAAUUAUAUAUAAACAAUAAAUAAGAAAUUAAUAUUCAGUUUUAUGCUGUAUAAAUACAUGGUAUAAAUUCUUGUAGUAAGCGUAUGCCAGAGUUCGAGAAAUUUCUUUGAAUGAGAGGCCAUUGUUGCAUACAAUAUCUUCUGUGAAAAUACUUUAGAAGCAGGCUAUGCGAAUGAAUUGUUCAAAGUUAACGGUGAUUCUAGAUAAGUCUUUACGUUGUCUCAUCUAAACAUCAAUUUGAUCAAUUGUCUCCAGCUGCGAUUGGCCAAAUAUUAUAAACGUAACCAAAUGUUGAUUUUUUUUUUUAUCUAUUUACUAGCGAGUACCCGACAUGCGUUGCAAUGCCACUCUAAGAAACAAGGUUUUUGCGUUUUAAUUAUGUUUCUUGAAGAGCUUUUUUCGUCUGGUGUAACAUACGGCUGAUUAUGGGAGAAGCAUGGGUUUUCCAAAUUUAGUCCACAAACUUGUAACGAUUUUCCUGUGCUUUGUUAUGGUCAUUUUGAAUGCGAGUUGCACCUUAAGCUGCAGACGUUUGAAUUCAAAUGGCAUACAUGUUGGAAUCAAUGGGAUACGUGGCAACUGAACAUCUUCUCCUUUAACGCAGGUAAAAGCAUUCUGAAUUUUUGGGGUGAACACUGUACAGACGGCCUUAUGGGUCGGUUGAAUAUAAAUUGGGGUGUUCUCCAAAUGCUUUACACUGUUUGCGAUGUUGAAACUUAUUCGCUGAUUCAUUUCAUGUGAAAUAUGUUAGCACUUCAUAGUAAAAAUUCGUCUUUGCAAACAAAUUAUUCCCACAAAAAGAGAAAAAUGCAUUUAAGGUUGUUGGCGGAGGUGACAAGGCUCUCACACGUGCAUUUUCUGUUGUGCCGUACACGCGCUGUCCAUUUUUAAGUGGCGCUGCCAAAUUAAAAUUGUUAGAUGACCCUCAUGGAUUGAAAUUUACACAAUGCACCAUACUGCUUCAUUGCUAUUUAUGUAAUGCCCAAGUUAAUAUUGGUGUAUAUUAAUGGAUCCAGUAGCCAUUUCAACUUCAAAAACUGCUAUAUCGCUUUCUUAAUUAGCAAAUGUACUUAGUACAUUUCACCGAAUUGCAGUUAUGGAUUUCUCAAUUUGAUGUUGAAAUAGUAUCCAUCUUCUGCUUGACAAAACAAAAUUGAUAUUGCAAAGAGUCGUAUGAGUGAUGAGUUUUUGGACUCGCUGAACAUCAUCAUUUCUGCGAUGAAGAAUUAUAUCACGUGAGUUUAAUUCUUCUCCAACUAUAACGAUCGCCACUCCAUCAAUUGUUGGUGCAUUGUAUUGUCUUUCGUGUUUCCAACAGGUGUUUUGUCUGCUCUAAAUACAAUUUUAAGGUCAUAAUUUGCAAAUUGUUCAAUUGCUCUUCUGAACAAUCAAAUUAAAUCUUUGAGUUGAAAGAAUAAAAUUUGCAAUGCAGCAACAAUUUCUGGUUUGGUGCCCUUAUUGAUUUUAUUGGUGUGUUCAUCAGUAUUUCCAAAAUUUGAAGAAAUUUGUGAUCUGUGUUAAGCAGUGGUAGUAGAGAUCCUGCACCGUUUGAUCCUCAUUUAUGUCACUGUUACAUUAAGAAAUGGCGUCAGCGGGCCAUCGAGCUUGCGCUCUUUAUGCCCUCCCAAAAACACCCCUCCCCAAACCGGUAUCGGCCGCGGAGCGGUACGUCGGGGAUGUCCCUUUAUCAGGACAGCCGCCCCCCCCCCGAGUAUGCGCGACAAAGGUCUCCGCCGGGGGCCGUCCUAACCCAAAGACACCCGGUCGGUCCGAUACUGUGUUUGCACACUGUGCACACGAUCGACUUUCUCAGGAGUCGGGAUGGAAAAAUUUACGUCCUAAUAUCUCCUCCCACCCAUCCCGGGGAAGCCUUAGACGCCCUAUAAGAGGGAUUCUACAGUGGGUUUCCACAACGCAACUAAUUCGCGAUGUAGCUGGGACGAAACGGUUGCCUUGGAGCAACUUCUCAGGGCUGCUUAGUAAGAAUCAUUGGCCAGAGGUUACCACCUUCGCCUCUCGCCUCAUAUCCAUUAACGGCAACUUGUAAUCAUGCUCCCUACCCUGUCUCAGUCUAUCACAACUGGCAGCCAUGCAGGUACCGAGCACACCCCUUGUCUGCCUACGCAGGACGCACCCAGUAGUUGUGUUCCCUGGGUAACGUCGAUGGGGUCGGUGGCCGACGCCUCCUAAUGGACAAGCCACCACAGACUUAUCAACCGGAGAACCGUGGAGCAUUUAUGCCAGUAAAUAUUUUGAUUGGCUUGUGUCACCUGAUACCAACGUUGAAAUUGGUUUGGGUGGUGAAUACAAUCUCGCAAUUUCACAUUUCCAUCCGCGCAGCACAUUCCCGGUGUUCAAUUCUUAAAUUUCAAGGCACUGAAAUACAUGCAUAAAUUAUCAAUUUUUUUCAAUAAACAUACUUGGUUGAAAAUUUUAAUCAUAAUUAGCAUCGUAAUUGAAUGUACUAAGAUUUAAUUCAGCAUGCAGAGUUCAUCUGAAUCGAGCAGUGCAUACUCUAUCGGUAUCCAGUCUUGCUUCCUGUUUCUCGGCUGUUUCAGACGAACGGGUUUGAGCAUUGAGCACGCGAACUGCUUCCAGUCUUGCUUCCAGUUACACUACUGUUUCAGAUGAACGGUUUUUAGCAUUACGUACUCGAGUGGUUUCAAGUCUUGCUUUCCGUUGCUCCACUGUGUCAAAUGUACGGUCUUGAGCAUUGUAAACUCGAGCGAUUGCCAGUCUUGUUUUUCGUUGCUCGACUGUUUCUGAAGCUUGUUAUGAAUUUUUCUUUCGUGCUUGAGGUGUAGAAAGACAAAUAGAUUUUCGUUGGCUUGCAUUAUUGAUUUGACAGCAAAAGUAUUGCUUAGUUACGAAUAUUACAAAUGCUUGUGAUAUUUAUUUUAAGAUUUAGAUGGCAGUGGUAAUUUCAUAAUUAUCACCAUUUCUUACGUCAUACACAAACUGAAAUGUCUCUGUAUUUGAUUCAAUUCAAAUAAUUUACGAUAUUCCUAAAUUUAAUACAUCUCCAAUGUUAGGAUAUUUCUUCUUUUAACAUGAAAAAUAACCCAAUGUGUACGUUUAUUUAUGGCAUUAGAAUUCAUGCUGUAUAAUUGUUACAUUACUUUAUAAAUCAUAAACUCCAGUGUUAAAAUCUCCAUGUUUCUAAAAAAAUGACCCGAUGUUAUCGGAAUAAUAAUGGUAGGUCCUUUGAGAUAAUUUCUAACUGCUAUUGCAAAAACUCAUCACAAUUCAUAACUUUUACAAGGUAAUGAUAUUUACGUUUCUAACAUCGUUAAAUUUUAAGAAGUGUUUAUCUGCUAUAUAUGAUAUGCGUAUCCUACACCCUUCCACGCUCCUAAACUACUUUUCCCCCUCUAAAAUUGGCCUUAAAUUACCAGUCUAAAUUAUCAUUAAUUAUAUCACUUUUGUCACUAAAGAAGUUAAGUGAGGGACAGUUACUACGCCAGAGAAAUACUUUAGAUUUACCCCUUUUCGUGACCUUGAAUUACAACUUUUUUUCUCUCUAAAUUAUAAAAAAAUCUAAUCUUAAAUUUACAACAAAAACUCUAUAUAUGAUAUAAACAUAUUUUGUAUUACAAGAAUUCGAUAUAUAAUGAUAUCUUCAUCAAAAAUUUAAAUACAUAUUAGCCUUUUUAAAAAAAAAUAGAAAUUUGCAGAAAAUCGUAAAACAAAGAAUUAUUUAUCUAAGAAGAAUCUCGCAACUGUUUUUCCCGCCUAUGUCAGAUUUGACUGUCUUUUUAUAAAAUUAAAUUGUUAAUCUCAUAAAAGUAAACACCUCUUUACUUUUUGCAAUGUAACGAAAAAAAUGUAUAUUUUUUUAAAAAGAAAAUAUUAACCCAUCUUCAUGUCAACAUGUGGUUAUUUGUUGAAAGAGAAUUUAACAUCUCUUUUUUCACAAAUGUAAUGCCAUAGGAUUAAAAUAUAUUGUAUUCCACGUAAAUUGUUUACAUCCUUUUUCCAUCUCCGAUAUGUAUGUACCCACUAAGUUUAAUUAUUUAUCAAAUUAAUUCCUUUCUUUUUGGGACAUAUCUUGUGCUACCUUGGAAAAAAUGAACAUGCCCAUAUUUGUAAAAAGAAAAUGUUGCAUCACCUUUUUCCACAAAUAUAAAAACCAUAGGAUUUAAAUAUAUUGUCAUCCACGUAAAAAUUUGCAUAUGCUAUGUCCUACCUCCGAUAUGAAUGUACCCAAGAAGGUUAAUUAUUUAUCAAAUUGCUUCCUUUAUUUUGAGACGUAUCUUGUGCUGCCAGGGGCAACGUGACAAACCUAUCCCACACCCAGAUUUAAAUAAAUUUAUAAAAUCUUCCACCGGUUGUUGUCCUUUCAAUACCCAAGCUAACAUAUUUUGCACUUCAUAUGGUUUGUUCUAAUUUUUAUGAGGUAUAGGUUGAUUAGUAAAUGCUUUUUAGCUAUGGAGUUUUAUUGUUUGAUUGAAUGAUUUGAUAUUUAUAUCGUGCUGGUGUCCAUGUCACUUUAGCAUGCUAACUGCACUCUGGCUCUCCGAAAUCUAUUUACACAAAAAAAAAAUAUUUUUUUUCUUACAUAAUUUUUUAUCAUUUACAAUUCCCUCAAAGAUUGAGGCAAACUGUUCAAUAAUUUCUGGCGCUAUCGCUUCAAAAGAGCACACUCCAUAAGACUGCGCUGCACUGAUUGAUUUAAAACACAUUUUCUUAUUAAAAUUAUAUUUAAAGGUUAGUUUUUAUUACGCUUAAAAUUCAAUAAAAGAAUAUUUUUGGAAUCAAAAGAGGCACAUUUUUUAAAAUGUAAAAAUAUACAAAGUAAAAAUAUAUAUGUGUGUGUUUUAUUAAUAAUUUAAAAAGCAAUCGAUUGUAUUUAUUAAUUUUACAUUUAAGAAGGAAAAAUACAUUAUCAGUUUUGUCACGCGUGGUUAUUAAAUUUAAAGAAACCUAAGAGUUUUGGCGAAAUGAGCUAUGCGCACUAUGACGUCAUUUGCGUGAUUAUUUAGAACAAAUGUAUUUAAAUUUUAUUUCGCAAUAUUAACAACGCACUAAAAGACGCACUAAAAACGACUUAUGCUUGGGUUUUCCCGAUAAUUUUGAAUACGGCGUAAUUCUUUGAUCAUGAUUUUUUAUUUUUUUUUAUUUUUACAUAAAUUUCAAUCACAUAUAAAAUGCUUAAAAUAGUUCCUUAGUUGAUACUUUAAAUGUAUUUGUAAUUUAUAAUAAUAUAACUUUAACUUUUAAUAAAAUGAAAGGGGAUUUAAAAUAUUUUUUGCGCAUUUAAAUUUAUUCGAUUUCCGUAAAUUCAUAGAAACUAACUAUGAUUGUUUUUAGGAAUCCGAACGUACUUAAAUCGUAUCACCCUUUUGGCGUUAUGUCACUCUAGUUCAUUCUUACAUAUAUUAUAAUUAUUUUCGUUGCCUAUGGGGUAAUUUAGUUACUUAACAAACAAUUGAUUCUUGUCAAAUGUCUUUUUAUAAAACAAACCAAUUCCGAAAUUUUAACACCUUAUGAUAGAUUUACUCAAUCAUUGCUAUACAAAAUCAUAACAUGUUCACAACGUCAUUUCCUACUCUUACUUCACAAAAUACCAAGACUUUUUUUUAAAAAGCAACGAAAGACUCCCCACACUAAACAUAGAGGAACUUGUUUUCUUUGCUCUUACUACAUAUGUGCUGCCUGUUGGCAUUAUUUCAAGGGCGGUUCUAAACAAUCUAAUUUAAUUGUUUUUUCUAGUUCCGUUUGAAAUUAUAUUGAUGAAGCUCAUUUAAGAAAACAAAACGAAUUAGGGCCCCUGCCCCAAACAGAAUAUUGCUAAAUGGUUGCACUAAUUCAGAGACAUACUUAUUAUGUAACACAGAAACUGAAAUGUCGUUGUUUGUAUUUGAUUCAAUUCCAUGCACCCAUUUAACAACUCUGUUUGAACUUACAUGUUUUAUGGUUUAAAGUUUUGAAAAAAAUUAAUUGAGGUCCCCCGUCCCCAAACAGAAUAUUGUGUUAUGGUUGUACUAAAUUAGGAAACCUUUGCGGACGUGCGCACAAAACCUCGCCCACGUCUUAUCGCAUUUGGAUCAAUGGUAUAGAAAUGCAAAUGGAAAUUAUAGUUUUAUAGUUCAUAUAUAGUAAAUAAAAACGAAUUUAGGGCCCCCGCCCCAAAAACGGAAUACUGAACAAUGGUGGUAGUAAUACUUACUAUGUAACAUAAACUUAAAUGUCGCUCGUUGUCUUAGAUUCAAUUCCAUCCACUUAUGCUAUAGCUCUGUUUGAGGUUACGUUAAUAUAGCUCUUAUAAGAAAAAAGUUUUAAAUGGCUCCUGGCCCAAAAUGAAAUAAGCUAAAAUAAUUGUUCUAAUUUAGAGACCUUUUCGGUAAUGCACCUCAAUUCACCAAAUUUUAAUCACAAUCGGAUGAAUGGUUUAGGAAUGCAUGCUGAAAAUAUAUUUAUAUAGCUAAUAUAAAAAAGGGGGGGGGUGAAUGCAUGGCCCCUGUCCACAAACGGAAUAUUUUAGAAUGGUUGUAAUAAUUCAAAACCCUAUUCUAUAUGUUUCAAACAAGCUAAAAAAAUGUCUAUAUGUAUUUGAUUAAAAUUCUAUCCACCCAUGAAUUAGCUGUGUUUGAAAUUAUGUUUAUAUAGCUAAUGUAACCACACACAAAAAUAAAAUAAUUUAAAUGGGGCGUAAUGAUCCAGAAAAAUUUGCGGGCAUGUGGACAACAACUCAACAGAGUUUUAUUUCAAUCGCAUCAAAGGUACAGGAGCACAUACGGUUUAAAAUUAUAUUUAUAUAACUUAUAUAAUUUUAAAAAAUCUUAGGACCCCUGGCUCAAAACGGAAUAUUUUAAAAUAGUUGUAAUAAUUCAGAAACCUUUGCGGACGUGUGCACAACAAUUCUCUAAAGUUUUAUUUAAAAUGUAAGAAUGUUAAAGGAGUGCAUAUGGAAAUUAUUUUUUAAAUAGAUAUUUUAAAAAAAUAAAAAAAUUUAGUUCUAACGGCCAAAAAAGGAAUAUUUUAAAAGGUCGUAUUGACUCAUUAAAAUUUGCAGGCUUGUAAACAACAACUCAACUAAUUUUAAUCGAAAUCGCAUGAAUGUAUAGGAGCGCAUACGGGACAUGCAUACGUAAAGAAAUUCAUUUUUACAUAUAUAUUUAUUUAUUGCUAUGAAAUAAAUAAAUGAUUUGUAAACUUUUUCUUUAUAGCCCGCUAAAGAAUAUGACCUUCUUCUACUUGGAAAAACUGGAAAUGGAAAAAGUGCAACUGGUAAUUCAAUCCUUGGUCAUAAGGCAUUUGUUGCUAGCUCUAAAUCAACUUCUGUUACCAGUGGAAUAGAGAGAAAGUCUCGCGUUUUUAAAGACAUGAUUCUAAACGUGGUGGACGCACCUGGUGUACUAGAUACAGCCGCCCUGAGUGAAGUAGUCAGUGGUAGCACUACAAGGAAAAUUACAGAAAAAUUAGAAGAGGCAGUUGAAAGUAAUCCUCGAGGCUACAACGCCUGCAUAUUAGUUGCAAAGUAUGGAAUUAGAUUUACUAAAGAAGAGAGCGAUGCAAUACAUAUGCUGAAACAGAUUUUUGGAGAAGAUUUCGUCAAAAACUUCUGCCUUUUAGUCAUGACAAAUGGGGACACGUUUGAAGCUGAAGAAAAUGAUUUUGAUUUUCAAAAAUGGAUUUAUGAUCAGUCUGAGAGUAUCAGCGAUGUCUUCCAUGAUUGCGGUUACAGAAUCGUCUUGUUUGAUAACAUGACGAAAGACCCGAAGAAGAAAGAAAAACAAGUUGACGAGCUGAUUGCACUUGUUGACCGGAUUGCCGCCCAAAAUCGUCGCUAUACCAAUUAUUAUUUUGAAAAGGCUUUAAAGUCUCGCACAGCAUUGUUGGUACAGUUGGGCUCAGACAGCAUCAAGAAAAGAUUUAUGUCCAAAAUAAGUAAUCUGAUGUCUGAAAUAGAAAAGAUUGAACGCAAUGAACCAGAUGAUCAAGUGCCAAUGUUGACGAAAACGUUGGAAACUGUCCAAGAAUUAAUCAAUGAAAUUAUUAAAGAAGACCAAGGAACGGAUGUUUUCAAAGACAUACAAAACACAGUUUGGUCACUAAAAGGGAAACUUGAAACGGAUAUAAAAAUGAACAAAAAAAUAUCUGUAGAAAGGAAAAACUUUAAAAAAGAGACAGAUCGACGAGAUGAAAUAAUGAGACAAAAUUUGAAAGGAAAUGAUGAAAAGAUGAAUGAACUUUUACAAGCACAAGAAGAGAUAAGAAGAAAAUUAGAAGAAGAAAGGAGUACAAGCAGAUGCACCGUACAAUAAAGUGCAUGAUCUUAUGAAGAAAACACUUACAAAGCUCUUUGGAAAAAAAAUGGAUGUGAAACAUUUUUCUUUUUAAUAAAUUAUACGUAUCAUUUUAAAACAUACAUUAAAAAAUUGAAAAAAAAACUUUAAUUGAAUGUGGCUAAGGAACAUUGUAUAAUUUUAAAUAUGUUAGUAUAUCUAACUACUUAAAGAUUUUUUUGUUCAGAAAUUCUAACCAAUUGACACUUCGAUCAUUGAUUACCUUGAAAAUUGUACACAUUUAAAGAGUUAAAAAUUACAUAACAAGUUAUUUGGCAUUGCAAUUUUUUUUUUAAAUAGACCGUGUAAGAUAUGAACUUUUUGAUUUUAAUGGACUUUAAUCUUUCUUAUUAAAAUAAAUAUUGUUUUUUAUAUAAUUUGUAUUAAAGAAUUAAUUUGAUCCUUAACAUGCGAUGGUUUCUCUGUCGUCUCCCUCUUCACCAAACUAUAACUUUUUUUUUCUUACUUACUUACCUAUUUCAACACCUCCCUUCUAUGUGUGAAUAUUGCACAAUCUAAUAUUUGUGUGCUUAUACGAAGCUUGUAUAAUCAGAUUUCUUUAAGUGUAUUAUUAAUACUUAGUAACAAAAACAAUAUUUCCAAAUCUACCAUCACGCGCUCUUCUUCAUAAACCAUUUAUCAGGGACACUAUGUCGCCAUGCAGGACCAGCCCUACUGACAACCCGGGCAAUUUUGACGUUGGCGCCCCUUUUAAGUAUAAUCAUUAAAAAAUUUGCCACGAAACUGGGGAUUAGUUUAUGAGUUUUAAGUUAUUUUUUAAACUGAGAAUGAACAAUAAAAUUAUUUUCUGAACUUGUAUUUGUACAAAAUGAACAAUUAUCUUAUGGAUGACAUUUUUGUAGCCUUUAGUUCGCAAAUAUUUUAAUGAACUUUCUAUUUUACUUCCAUGGCAACCACAUGCAAGGAUUUUUUACUAUUUUUUGUAAGCACAUGGCGCCCCCGGGCAACCGCCCAAUUUGCCGGUAUUUUGAGCCGGCACUGUCAUCAUGUCAAACAAAAAUGUUGUUAGCACUCAGUAAAGAAUAUUCUCUCACAAAAGUAUCUACUUUGAAUAUGAACUGAAAAAACUUCAUAGGAUUUCAUGAUAUAAUUGAGAAGGCUUUUUUUUUCGAAAAACCCGAAACUUUUUUUUUUACUUUUAGUCUGGAAUAAAAAAUUGUGCUGUAUAAUUUUUUUACAUUAUUCAAAACAUAAUUAUGAAGGAUAUUUUUUCCGCAAAAAAAAACAUACAUUUUAAUGUAAAAACAGGGUUUUAUGUUUUUGUUUUCAUAUUAUGUCAUUUUCCCCAUAUUAUCUAAUAAUAGCUCUGAUGUCAAUGAUAAAUAAACAAAGGGUAGAUAAAAUUAAAUAUUAUUUAUGUCACCUGCUUACAUUGUCGAUAAAGAACUACCAAAGGCAUAAAUUAUGAUAAACCUGGUUAUUGAAAUGUUUGUAUUAUUUGAAUGGAGUAUUUUUGGUUCAAAUUAACUCCUUCAUCUUCCAAAGUGAAUUCUUUAUUGUUUGCUAAAAGAAAAUUCGAACCAACCAGAAUAGUCCUUAUAUCGGAAACGUUUGGAAAGCAAUUGCUCUAAACUUUAAAAGAUAUCUCCAAAAUGAUUUCAUGAUACAGGCCUAUAACUUGAGUAAUCUACGUAUUUUUUUUAAAUUAUAUACAAGCAUGGGCUAUAAAACCUCAAUGAAUAUUUAUCGAAAAACUAAACAAGCCUUACACUCUUAACAUUUUAAGUCUGAACAAUCUAUAUAUAUAAUUCGCCAGCAAAUGUCAAAAAAUACGGAUCAAACAUCACGCAGGCUAUUUAUAGAUUCGCCAGAGUGUGGUUCAAUAAUGAGUUUACUAGCGCGUAAAAUAUAAUUCCUGAUAACUAUGCUAAAUGAUAUAUAUAUUUUUUUUAAUAACGCACUUGCGUUUGAUGCGUACUGUACUAUUUUCUUUUCGGAAAUGAAAUCGUCUCAAUUUAAGUAUUGUGUAAACAAAUAUUCGGUUUAAAAGUGGUUGGGACAUGAGAAUAUUAAUAUAGUUCAUGGGCGUGAAAUAAAAAGUGUGCAGUGACGUAUCAUGGGGAAAAGGGGUUGUAGCGAAUAUUGGGAUUCUUAAAUGUGCGUAACUUGAGUUCAUGUUUUGUCAGGUGACUUUACUAGAUGGGAAGUUCACGCAUUGCUGUCGCCAAUGUUUUCGCGGGCUAAAUCUAGUUUAAAAUAUUUCUCUUCUAUUCACGUAUUUUAAGGAAAGUAUGGCUUAGAAUUUUAGAAUAACAAAACAUUUAAGAAAAAAAAAUUAUCAAACCAAAUGACACAUUUCUCAUCAUGCUUAAGAAAAAAAGUAAUUUCAAAAUGAAUUUUGACUCUGUUGAUUUCAUGCGAGGGAUAAAGAAAUGAAAGGCUCACUGUUCAUUAUUACAUGCAUCUUUCAUAUUUUAUACUUACCGUGUGUUACAUUUUUUUCUAUUAGAUAUAAUUAUUGUGUGUUUAUAAUAUUAGCAUAAAUUUACAUUUUAAAAUUAUUUUUGUUACAUUAUCAUGAUGACGAGG